AGGAUGGAUCGAGCGUGUUUUGGCCCAUCCCCACAGUUUUCAAGACCGAAUCGUUCGGUCUGCAACUUCACAUACAAAAUAGUAUUUCAAGUAUUGCAAUUCCAACUCUAAUACCAAUCUACCACGGCAUCGAAGUAACUAAGUUGUAAUUAAGAAAGCAAUUGAAUAUUUAUAAAUUUCCUAUCAAAUUCACAACGACUAUAAUUUUUCUUGUAACAAGAGUCGACGGUUUCGGUCCGAGGGACGACAUCGGAAAAAUCCAAAAUAAGUAGUCGGCUUCGAGGAUAAAAACGCAAGAACGUUGGACAGCGACGUGUGGAGGUGUUUUUUGACGAAGGAAACAGGUUGGCCUUCGCCGCGACUGCUCUUGACGAAAACAAUCUAUCAACCGAGGCGUGCAGCAGACUGACUUACAAGCGCUGGAGGGCACCAAAAAUACGCUCGCAAUCGUCCCGAAGCAAGCACAUCAAAAGCGUUGCGCGGCACAGCAUCACCGGGAAGGGAAAAUGGCGCUCCGGUCUUGCAAAAAAAUUUUCUGGGCCGCGGGUCCUCUGCUCAGCAACCCGGGGGGCAGCAACGUUCUGGUUGGAACCGUCGCUUUGAAAUUCAAGUUGAAGAAGAAAGUCGCGGAGGCUGCAGGAGGAAACAGCGAGUUGCCUGGUGAGGCCGCCUCGCACGACGGUCCUUCGAAGGCUCGGAAAAAAAUCUCGCGGUUUUCGGAAACUUGGCGCGGUGCGCGGUGGUACGAUCAUGCCCCGCGCUUACGAGACGACGUCGCGCAUUAUAGGGAACACGAAAAGUGGGCGCGAAAGUCCAAGUAUGAGGAAAUGGCUGCCGAAUCGAAGUGGAAUCAUGGAUCACAGGAUAAGAUGUUGGUGAAACAGGUUUUAGACAGCAAAGACGGGCGGGCGGGUUGGCACACAGGGGCGGAACUGCACAAAUUCCGAAAGUUGUCUCGGGAAGCGGGUUUCACUGAUUUGACGAAGGAGGAAAGGAAAAACCUAGCAGCGAACUUCCUAAUUGUCGGGGACAAGAACGAUAGAUCGGGAGUAGACGCGGGGAUCGCCUAUAUUAUGGAACUCACACGUAAGAAGAGAGAGGAGAAGAAAGCCGCGGAACGAGAGAAAAGUCGCGCGGCUGCUGGUGAUGUUCUAAACCCGAAGCAAGUUACUUUUCAAUCGGCUCCGUAUGACAAAUGCAACCUGUCGUGCUACUACUGUCAUAGUCAUACCCAAUCCAAUCCGCCGCUGUGCAAAUUUUGAUGUUCCCUCUCGGUCUGGUUAUGAUACCGUGCCUAUCACUACUGUAUUUGCAGACGUAAUUAAAAUUAUAUGCGUUGCAUCCGGCUUCUGAAAAGAAAAGAUCGAGCAAUUAGUUUCAUAGAAUAAGAAUUAGCGUUGUAGCUUGUGCUCCGGGGCAAGGGUGCAUGCGUCUUUUCCUGCUUGUUCUGCGUCUGAAGAGCCAUGUACGAAUUCAUUAAACACUGCAAAAGAGACUGCACCUCCGCAAGCGGGGCAAACGACGGGUACUGAGUAUCGCACGACAGUGUUUUUCAUCUGCAGCAUUGGACUCCGCUGACGCCGGUGCAGCAUGCCGGUGUCGCCGGACCCUCGCUACCACUGCUCUCGGUGCCUCCACCUACGCCACCACCAGUGGCUUCAGCGGUACGAAGUAAAACGCGGCUAAGUAAUUUCUCCAAGAUCUGACACCUCAAUAUUUCUUGUGGAGGGCGCCCGGCUGCCUCGGCCUCGGCCAUGCCAACGUCGUAACUCCACCAAGAUAAAGACAAGCCGGCGACUUGCUCUGCUUGUCUGUCAGGCCAUGCACUUCGAUUUCUUUCAAUUUCCGAAAGAUGAAAGGCCCAUCAACUUUACUUCCGCAAGAACUGCAAAACUUUUAGACCUGCUGGCCUUAGUAUCAGCUUCGACGUACUAGUUCUCCGGCACGAUAGCUGAGUACUGGCACGUUUUGUUUGCUCCAGUUCUACAUGUUGGCGGAGAAGUACUUGCGCCUCAUGGCCUAUUAGAAGAACUUUCCUCACCAGGUGCCCUCUACUGUUGGUCCUCUUCCUCCACAGUUGCUGGAUUAGUGCAGCGACCACUUCUUGGAGGUGGAUUUCUCCCUGACAAAUGACAUUUGUCAGGCAGAAAUCUACAUUCAAUGUAUCAACAUCAAGUAGGCAUACCUGCUCCUGCAGUUGUACUCAGUGUCGUAGGAGCUCGUGUAGAGAUCAUGGCCUGUUGAGGAAUUUCAUGCAAGGUAACGCACCAUGACCAUGUAAAAGGUGUCGCCUAGUGUAAAAAUUCUACGGGCAUCUACUACUACCUGAACAUGCGCCCGUUCGCGAAGCGUUAGCCAGGGCAGACCUAUAGCCUCGGAUGUGCAAUAAUUGCGGACAAGUAGAACUAGAAGCUAGCUCCACACACAUGAUCGCGACCCAAGCGCGGCCGCGCCGCGUCACUGAAACUGCAUGAAAUUGAACCAAAAUCAUGCCAAAUCUUGGAGAGCAGGGGCGCAAGUUUCAUUGUCACAGAACGCUCCGAUUUGGCCUCAGCAGCAGUUCCACCAGCAGCAGCAGCAGCCCCAGCAGCAGCAGCAGCUCCAGCAGCAGAUGCAGCUCCAGCAGCAGCAGCUCCAGCGGCAGCUCCAGCGGCAGCUCCAGCGGCAGCUCCAGCGGCAGCAGCAGCCGCAACGGUGGCCGCGUGACUCACACGUCCAGCACACGGUACAAAUAAGUACAUGUAUAUAUAUAUUGCACGCGCACGCAUUUUUCGCAUGGAUAUUGAAGCGAAAUAUUUAUUUUGAGUGGGCCAAGGCCAUCGCAUGGAAAAUCGUAUCUAUCAUCAUGGCAUUCGCAUGCCAAGAAAUCUUCUUGGAAGUCGCGGGAUUCACGGCGGCGUGACUAUUAACUGAAAUGUGGCAUACCAAAAACAGCAACGGCAGCAGCACAACCAGCGACCGUUUCUGCGGAAGCAACACCAGCAGCAGCAGCAGCAGAUCACGCAUCAGCAACCGUUGCUGCACCAGCAGCAGCGCUAUCAUCAUCCCCCGCUAUGCAUUGCAAUGAUGUCAGCUGGUUCCGGGAAUCGCAGUGCUCGUUGUGGUGCAGGAUUAUUGAAUUUGAAGCUGUUAUUGGCAUUGAGGAAUCUGCGGCACUUGUAUUUGCUCUACUGCAGUUUGCAUUGAGCAAGUCCUAAUGUAUUGCACCCCUGUGCUUCUAUCCACGAAGGUGGUCCGGGACUUUCACUGUCUCCUGUGGGACAGGGCUCCGAGGCUGCGCGGCAGCGCCUGGAGUGAGUUUCCGAGACAGUUUUCCUGUUGUUCAUGUUCUUCUAUCUGUUCUGAUGUGCGGAAGAUCCGCGCGCGCGCAAUCACUUUGACACAUGUCACCCAUUACCAUUCAGCUGGAUUCCCUGGCAGCCCUGACAUAUGGUUUGCAACGCAUUCUCUACUGUCAGUCAUGCCAAUUUUCAUUAUAUGUGGAAUGACCGAGGCGGUGGCCAAGGAGUUUGGGAGCCGCGCGUUGGGCAGCGGGCUCCGCAGGGACAGGGUGUCUGGGUGCAGGAGCCAGAUGGCCUCUGCACUUGGUACAGCCACCUCCCGUACCCCCCCGCUGGGGCGCAGUGGUACCAGUGGCGCACGCGCAACAACAUUCAAGUGUACAGGCGGAGUAAUGGUCGCUACCAGGCAACUCACCCCCAGUGCGUGUUCAACUUCUCAAGUAAGCACUGCAAGCAUGUCGUAGCCUCACACAUCAAACCGCAUGUAGACGAUUAGAAAUAUUGAGCGUCUUCCCGUUACCAGUGUUUGCUACUGGGUAUGUGAUGAAACGUGCCCUGAGAGACACGCAGCCGCAAGGAACUUUUUAUUUUCACUAGCCCCGUGCGCUUUGUCUUUGUGUUUGUAUACCUACGUGUACCUACGACACUCUUGCACAGGAUAUUAUACGGGUGGCAGGGGCAGUACCGGGAGGGCUAAGAAGUACAACCAUUGAGGGGGAUCAGGACAAAGGCCGUGUUUCGGUACGGUCUUCAACAGAAAAAGCUACAAUGUAGUAUCAGCCUCUAGCACUUUCAUGCGGUUUGAAAUCCAGUUAUGUUUAAGUUCUCCAAUUGUACAGCACAACUUUACAAACAGACGCUCCUAGGGGACAUCAAGAAGCCGGGGCAGGAACCACUGCAAAUUUGCAAGUACCUCCCCGGUCCGAACAUGAUCAACAUCUGCAUAAUAAAUAAUGAUUAGAUACGGAUCAUUCGCGUUCCACCGUUGCUGUUUACUACUUUACAUUAUUUUAUGGUACAGAAACACGAGCAUGACCUUGACCAUGAGCAACCAAAAUCGAUAUCAAACACACCGAGCUAGCAUAGGAGAUGCUCGAAUCAAUAUUCAUAAGCACUGUAACAUUUCAUCACCACUAUUCUGUAACAUUUCAUCUUUUUCGUAGCGUUUUAAUCUGACAUUUAAUCUCAUCUUUCCUAGAGCUAGAGCUUUUGUCUGCCAUCCACUUCGUUGAUGUGCGCCUUCAUGUUGCUCGGACGAAAAACAAGAGCGCAACUAUUUCAGUUUCUUACGCGAUGAAGUUAACUUUUAGUCUUGCUCAUCCGUAGUGGUGCUAGCAGUGUUUUCCGCACUGUUAUUCCACUAUGAAGGAAGACCCGGGCGGUACAGAAGUUUGUCCGCCGCUCUGUAUAGGUAGGGAUAUGAAAAGAAGAACCACCUACCAAAAAUUUUGUCAUCUGAUGCCUCGACGCCGACGCGGUGCAUUGUAUCUGCGUUUACUCGUCGCAUCUUAGCCUUGUCCUAGCUUUACGACUUCACAUAGUACUAUCCAUUUAUCUCGAGAGACCCAACGAGACCGACUGUAUUUACUGCUGACCUUUGAACAGCGACAACAAACACAACGACGAGAGAGAUCGCGAUUUAUGUCUUAAUUUUACUAGCAGAGAAAUUUAUCUUUCAGUUUUUCUUGGCCGUAUUUUCAUCCAGGAAGAAAAGUGUUACAGUUGAGAAGUACUUUUGUUGCGUAUUGACUUCAGCAACACAAACUUGCAAUGCAAUGUUGACGGAGAAAACUUGCAAUGCAGGAAUCGAAAGGGAAAGCGCGACGGAUGAACAACCGCGGCUGCGAAGAGUAAUCGCACUGAUCAGAGCCGCAGAAGAAGUACUUCCUUCACUGUGCAAACCAAUUUUGUCAACUCCUGGAAAUGAAAGAGAAAAAAAGCAUCAGAGAACAAGUGCCACCACUGCUUCAGCAGCGGCGUUUUGCUUGGUGGUCCUGCUAC